UCCAUCGCUGCUGCCAGACUCUCGUGCCAUUAAUCCAUUGAGAAUUUCCUUUCCCAGCAUAUUCCUACACCCCUUUCUGUUGAUAGACUUCCUCGGAGCCAGUGUCCAAUAUGUUUGCACUUCGCCGAAGCGCAUCGCGCCUCCUCACUACCCGCCAUGCCUCGUUCCUCUCUUCUCGAACAUACACCUCCUUUAGCUCGCCUUCGAUAAGAAUUAGUCAAAGAACCUCUGCGAUACAAUCUCAACGAAGAUGGGCAACCACAGAAAGCGAAAAGCUACCCCCGGCUCCUGCUGCAGCAGAAACAGCCAAUGCAACAGAAGCUACGGACGAGACAUUGCCCGCCGCCGAAACAAACGAAUCUUGGACUGCCCAGGACCAAGGUGCUACAAUCGCUGACCCUCCCGCGGCUGCGGAAACCGCAAACGCCACAGAAGCUACAGAUGAGGUAUUACCUGCUGCUGAGACCAACGAACGAUUCACUGCCACGGGUGGAAGGAGCUCAAGUCGUGCCGCUCCAGGUGCUGCAGAGCCUGCGAAUCUGACCGAAGCCACUGAUGAGGAACUGCCGGCCGCGGAGACCAACGAACGUUACUCUGCAAAUUCGUCAAGAGCUCCCGCUUACCGUGAAAACCGUGAAGAACGGUCAGAACCUGAGCCAAAGAAGACCCUCUACAUUGGAAACCUAUUCUUCGAUGUGACCGAGACCGACGUUGUCAAAGAGUUUGCUCGUUUCGGUACAGUCACCAAGUGCAAGAUUGUCCGCGACUCCCGUGGCUUGAGUAAAGGUUUCGCCUACCUCGACUUUUCGACACAGGAAGCAGCUGAUGAAGCCUUGAAACGACUCAACAUGCAGCUGUUCGAAGGCCGUCGUGUCACAGUGCAGUACGCUGCCCGCCCAUCAACCUCAAUUGACGCCAACAACCUUCGACGGGGUACCAGUGAACCAAGAAAUCCUCCUUCCAAGACACUGUUUAUUGGCAAUAUGUCAUUCGAGAUGACCGAUCGCGACCUUAGCAAUCUUUUCCGUGGUAUCAGAAAUGUCAUUGACGUCCGAGUCGCCAUUGAUAGACGGACUGGUCAACCCAGAGGCUUUGCGCACGCCGACUUCACUGAUGUCAAAAGCGCUAUGGAUGCGAUGAAGUCGCUGCAAGAGAAGGAGAUUUACGGACGGAAACUCAGAAUCGACUACUCGUACAGCUCGAGCAACAGGGCGCCACGUAACAACCAGGCCGACCAGGAUGACCAGGCUCCUCCGGAACAGUAAGCGCGCAGGUGGAGAAAUAGAGAGAGAGAGAGUGACUAUUUGGGUGAAUCCGUCGCGCCGAAUAUGUCGUCGCUUGGAGAAGACGCGGUCUUACGAACGCUAUUUCAACCACUCGAUAUGGUCGACUUGCAGGGCCAGACG